AUGUGUAUUAUAGAACAUCCCCUCGAUGGUGCCCAUACUCAUUCAACACUGAAAAUGGGUGAAGAUACCUCGACAACAGUGGCGUCAACUUCGCCCAACGGCACCACCAUGACCACCAGCUUCAGCCCCGCGACGCUUUGUGGCAACAAACGUAAAUUUGAAGAAAUGUCCUCCUCCACAAGCACUACCGUCAGCAGCGUUGGGAGCGACUCGUCCGACCUAUUGGACGUCGUGUACGAUCAUCAGCCACGGCAACUGGCUCAGCAAGAGACGCCAGCUCAAGACGAAGCGGCGACGGCGGAAGAAGCGAACGAUGGUAUAAAGGCGUGCAAAAGUCCUCGUUAUGAAAGUGAGGAUGCACAGGAUGAUGCAUCCCAGGACACCCAAGGCUCAAAAUUGCCCACCGGGCAGGUUCAGGCCGGGCACGGCAGCAGCACCACCAGCAGUAGUGGUGGCAAUAAAAGCAAUAGGAUAAUAAAUGCCACAAUAACGACGACGACCAGCAGUCCUACUCCAAGUAGCUCCAACAGUUUUGUCAGCAGCGCUGGCACGAUUUCGCCUUUCGAAGUAGUCGCUGCCCCGACGAUCCUCAACCCGACGGCACCGAUUUUGCUGACAACACCGAUGUCGGAAGAGAAUACCAUCGCGAAGCUGGAGGCAGUGGCCGUGCCGGGCGAGACCGCCUGGAACUGUGAGGAGCCGAUCGUGGAUAGCAUCAGUAAGCUACAGGCGGUCGCAGUGCCCGGCGAAACGUGGGGAGGCGGCGGUACGGACAGUACAAGAUCCACGCUGGCGACAACGUUGCUAGUGGCGGACGAUCUGGACGAUGAUGACGAUGAUUUCGAGGAUGACUUUGACGACGACGAAACGAUUCUGCCCGGUUACUCAUCGAUGCGUUAUCAGUGCACACCAAACCGUGGGCCGACUACCGGGGCUGGUGGUCCCGGGUACAUUACACCGGCGUAUCCAAAGCCGGGCUACUUUCCGGAGUCGUACCAGAACUGUGCGCGCUCCGCUGCCACCAACAAUGGAGCUCAGCAGUACGCCAAUCGAGGUUAUGGAUGGUCCCACCACGGUUACUACUCGCCGCCCUACGAAGCACCGAGCUCGCAGCAGACCAUUCGGUGCGCGGAGAAUGGCAAAAGCUACUUCGAGUUGGGCUCCGCCAGUUAUAGCAGCGCCAGUCCCUCUGCGGGAUCGCUAAAUCCGUUAGGCGCGGGAGCACCGCCCUUGCCACUACCGCAGCAGCAGCAGCAGCAGCAACCGCAGCCACAUCCGGUACCGUUCGGAGGUGGUUCGAUCGUUAUGGGACCGGCACCAAGGCAUCACAUGAAGCGGUGCUGCGAUGGACGCAACAUGUCGUGCACCAACAAGCAGUGCUACAAGGAACGUCGUCUUAAAAUGAUGAAUCUGUCCAUGUUUAAGCUUGCCCGCUUCAGACAGGCAUCCGACCAGUCGCUGUAUCGCUCGGUGUUGAUCUGCAAUACCCUGAAAUCGAUCGAACGUGAGAUCGACAACGAAAACAAGGAAUUAAAUCAUCAACAGCACCAUCAGCAACAUAUGCAGCACCAACACCACCAACAGAACCAUUACCACAUGCAGCAACACCAACACCAGCAGCAGCAGCAGGCGCAACAACAAAUGCAUCAUCAACUUCCGCCACUUGCACCACCUUCUGCAGCGGCCGCAGCAGUCACGGCGCCCACCACGAAUCAAUCGGCAUCCUCGACGUCAGGCACGUCAGACUACUUUGCGAAUCAUCGUAUCGCUGCACCACCGAGCCAAGCUCGCACCGCGAACGGUGGUACGGCCCCCCAGGGGCCAGUGGUGUAUAGUUCGGAGCCUUCAACUAUAACCAUGCAGCUCUCGCCGUACGACCAGCAGCAACAACAGCAACAACAACAUCAGAUGCACCCGCACCAUCCCCUGCACCACCAUCACAAUCCGCACCCGCAGUCCCAGCAGCAUCAUCAUCUGCACCACCAUCAUCCGCUCCACCCGGUGGCACCGCCACAUCAUUCGGCCCCCCAUUUGCUGAAAGAUCCCCAGUCAGGCCGUGCAACUCCGUUCCCGGUGGGCUGUGCGAUGCCAGCGGCCGUACUGAACAGUCAUUCCGAUGCUGACUCUGGCUUUGGCGACGAUGACUGCACGCGCCCCAUUAACUGGGGCUCGGUGCUGAGCCUAUCCUCGCAGUCGGCCCUCGAUCCCCUGAACGGUAGCGAUCUGUUCGUUACUUCGCCCACGGGCGCCGGCGAGGACGAUGUGACUCCCAUCGCCGGCCCGGUGGCGGUCCUGGAAAACUGUGAUAACUCCGCCUCUAGCACGUCCAACGUAACGUCACCCAUCCCGAUGGAGGUGGAUGCAGCUUGCCCUGUGACAUCCGCUCAUGGGGAAAGUACCUGUAGUGUCGCUGAAGGGACACAGUCGGGGACGGAUACGCUCUGCAGCCUACGUGAUGUUGAUGAAGACAUGGAGGUGAUAGGUGCUACGACUGACGGAAACGUCACCAAUGGCAACAGUACAACGAGCAGCAGCAGUGAAGGAGAAACGGUCGUGGUUGCCGUGACGGGGGACUCUGACAACGGCACAACAGAAGCAGGGGACGCCAUCAUUGCAGAUCCUAGUGUACCGGCAGCACCGUCGGCGACGACGGUUGUCAAUGGCAAGGACAGCCCCGACCAGACGAUCUCUUCCAGCAGCAACACCCAUGACAGUAGCAAUAGCAGCAACCACUCCGUGACCAGUACGUUAAUCACGCUUACCAGCAGCAGUUCGGCGACUUCACCGUUGCUUUCGUCCUGCGCCUCAGCCCUGCAGCACUACGGUAGCCUUCAGCACCACCACAAUCAGUUGCAUCACUUUCGGCAGAACGGCACCAUUCAACUGGGGCCAUCCUCCGCUGUGAAUGGGAGCCUUUCCGCGGUCGGUGGCGGGCAAAGUGCUGGAACCGCCGGCAGUACCGGUUCGAGCUGCUGGGAGUUUGCAUAUCUUGAUAUGGACCUCGGAACUACGCACGAACUGUACGAUAUGUUCCCGAGUUGCUACAAGAUCGCAUCGUUCAACUCGAACGACGUCGAUAUGCUGGGGCUCAAGGGACCCAUGCUGGAACCGAGCAAGGUCGUGUGCGGCGACAACGAGAUGGACUCCUUCACGACGCACAUCAUGGUCGGGAGUUAGUAUUAAAAGCCGCCACACAUGCUGGAGCCGGACGGUGUUUGUUGGAAGGUUGUGCAUCUAAGAUGGCUGUGCGUGUUGCGGAAACGGAAUGUCGUUCCUUAUUAGAGUGGGGCUAAGUAACGUAUCAAAAGUAAUUUUCAGCAGUUUUGUUUUGCACACCACCACCAGGGCAUUAUAACAUAGAUUUGCAUUAAAUUAAUUGAACUGGAGAACAUAACGGGCAACUAAGCAAGCAGUAUUGGUGUAAUGAUUGUGCCAUAGAGAGCAGUCACUCACGAAGUAGGCCGGUGGACCGAACUUUUACCGAAACCGCAGCAGAAUUGGAUGCGUUUGUCCAACAUAUUUUGUCAGUAUCUCUCGAGCCCCUACCCACCUAAACUCUUAUCGCCAGCAUUUUUGGUUUCGGGCUUUGUAUUUCUUGUGAUUUUAUGUUUUGUACAAUGAACAACAAAAACGUAAAUCCUCAAGCUAGGCUAGUAUUAGUAAAGAUGAAGAUCAAUCGUGGAACGAACGACUUGGUGGAAGCGAGACUAGGGAGAAGAGUUCGAUCUUAAUCCUGCAAUACUACGUUUGCCCAACAUCGGGAGAGAGAGAGAGAGAGAGGGACGAAACUAAGGAGAGGGAGAGAGAAGGAAAGAGAACGAGGGAGAGAAGAAUCUUUUUCUGCAUUGCGAUCAAACCGAUUCUAGUCCGCGGCAAUGACCUUUCUACCAUUUGAAGCGUACAAAAUGAAGUACUUUCUCGCGCAAGUCUAGGAGGAUUGCAUUGCGUUUAGUUUUUGACCGAAAAACGUUGUUGAUCGACACUGGGAAUUGUUUGAACAAUAAUCAUUAGUGAAUAGUAGUUGCGCAUGGUUUCCUUUGUUUUUCGUUGGUGACUGAACGACGGCAGAAGCAGAAAGAAGAAGUGGCUAAGAGGUAGUUUUUUUUCAUUCCCACACACACACACACGAGGAGUUCGUUUUACUUGCGUCAUUUGGGCCAAGAAAUCAAACAAAACACUGAAGAAAGUACGAAGGCGCAAGCCACCUGCCGCCAUACGCUGGAAACGAUGUAAAAUUGUGUCGUAAAACGAACGCGAGUUGUUUCGCAUUAUAAAAACAAAACAAACGAGAUUAUGGUGAAAUUUCUCAAAUCAGACAAACAAAACGGGAAAAUGGGAGAAUGGCUAACAGCAAACCAUCCGCAAAUAAUUUAGCGAAACAACCGUCUGAUAACGGAUAAUUGAUUUACAAAAAGCAAGAGCAAAGCAGCUGCCGGUUGAUACUUUUAAAGGAUUUAGUGUAGGGCGCGAAGAGAUGAAGAAAACUACAAAAUGCGUUUUAACAAAAACCACACAGCUACAGUAACUCUGGCAAUUAGUGUGUAAUAAAUAGGUAUGUGUAGAGUACGUUACGAUUGUAAGCAAAUGAGAGGACAUAAGAGUAAUUUAUUGAUAUAUACCAUAUAUACACGCAUACUAUAUUAUAAUAUAAUAAUGUACAUAUAGGCUGUAGCAAAUGCGCUGGAAACACAUUUCUGGCUGGCAAACUUAGAACAGAGAUCGAAGGAAAGAGCAUAUUCCGCUUCUAGCAUUAUCGGUACUCUGCGACAAGUAAGAACCGUAAUGAAAACAGCAAGGAAAGCGACUACGAUGAAGCAAGGAAUAUAAAGAGAGAAUCGAAGGGAGAGA